ACUCUAGAUCUAGAUCUAGUAGAGAAGAAGAGGACUAAUAUAAUUGUUUCACAUUUUUACGUUUUGAGGUUAUUCCUGAAGAAAGUCACAUUUAUUUCUAAUCCACUGUUGUAACUUAAAUUCAGGAUCUGUGUGGAAAUGAGGUCUCAGGCACUCCGGUAUAUUGCCAAGCUGUCGGCUGUCAUUCCGUUGGCUUUGAUCCUGGGUUUCUAUUGCCUCUUCUACUCUAAACCGAUUGACAGUACCAUGCCAGAUACGCCGCGACAUGUCAGUGUGGUGUCCGUUUGGAGAAAUCGACCUGACAUCAUCGUGCCAACCGCGCUGUCCUACGACGCUCACGUGCCCAACGUCGUGCCCACUGUCCAGGUGUUACCUCCCCACCCGAUCAGCCCGCGACCCACGGAACCCACGGGACCCACGGAACCCACGCUCCACCCCGAUGUCCGCAUCUUGCCCUCCACCCCCGACCCCAGGCUGAACCUGACGUACAGCACCUGCAUGCCCUUCCCUGACUCGCCCAAGCCCGGGGUCAAGAUCUGCCCUCACCCCCCUGACGUCGACACGAUCAUCUCUGCCCAUCUUAUACAGAAAAAGGAACUAUGGGAGAAAGCUCUGGUACUUGAAAUGGACAAAGCCUUAAAGCUAGACCCCACCCUGAUGCUGUUCGACAUCGGCUGUAACAUUGGUGAGUACACGAUGUGGGCCGCGGCACUAGACAGGAGAGUCGUGUGUGUGGAGAUGCUCACGGAGAAUGCGCAGCGGGUCCAGGUUUCCUUGGAGGUCAGUAACCUCAGCGAUCACGUGACCAUUGUCAACAACGCACUCUACAGUGAUCAUCGCGUGUUGGAGGUCACACUAUACAGAGGCCGCAUGGGUUUGCCGCGUCUCAAUACGUCAAGGGUCCACAAUGAGGAACUGAUAGACAAGUUUCAUCCCAAACUGAAAGUGAAAACAAUCUGUAUCGAUGACCUAACUCCCCUCAUGGCCGGGAAACAUGUCUAUAUCAAAAUGGACAUCGAGAACGCGGAGCACUACGCGCUGAAGGGUGCGCACCGUUUCUUCAAAGAAGUGGACGUGCGCAUCGUGCAGAUGGAGUGGCACAGGCGUAUACCCAGUGAGAGUAACCCUAUUAUUGAGUUCAUGGCCCUCCAUGGGUACGCCUCGUCUUACGACAGUACGAAAUAUAAUCCAGUGGACCUGAAAACUAACACCCAAAACAUUGACGUUUUUUUCAUGAAGAAAUCUUUCUUCGGGAUUUUGAAGUAGUUGAGAUGGGGACUGGACAACUUGGGGGACUGGAGACAGAAGGCCGGCUAUUGUCAGGUGUCU